AUGAGGGGCCCCGCCCUCCCAGGCCAGCUCGGGGCCCCCCGCAGCCCGUCCCCAGUCCUCCCCUCAGAUGAGCGAAACUAUAGCGCGUUUGAAAUAGACAGCAGCAGCAGCAACAACAACAACAAUACCACCAACAGCAGCGGGUUUGAGGAGGUAGGGGAAGGUUGGAAAGGGCCUGAAGAGCAGUUGUUGCGCGAUUUAUCUCCUUCGCCUCACAGCCGUUUUUUAACGCAAUUAAUUCGUAUUAAGGCACUGUGGAUGCGUUGGCUGUAUGGUUUUCUGUCUUGUGCUUGCUGUUUGCGUGGUUCUUUGUAUUCUUCAUUGAGCGGCGGCAAAGGCCUUCAGCACCAGCUCCGCCGCAUCACCUUCAUGUUCGGCGGCGGAGUACUUCUUUUUGUGUUGCUGUUGGUGCACCUCUGGCGCUUGCGUUGGGGGAGGCGUCGAGUUGUCUCCGGUGUCUCUGUACUGAGGGCUGGAGGGGAUCCUGUUCGUGGGUUUUCUUCAGCUGCAGCUACGAGCGAUCAGAAGAAGAGCGUUCCGUUUUUGUUUCGUGUGUUGUUUUUCUGGAGGCGGUGGGAUUGGUGGCAGGGCGCAGCAGCUGCAGCAGAGGAGCCCUUUUCUCGUGUGCUUGAACUGGUAGGGGGCAGCGCUGUAAAGGAGGUUCACUUCGGGCCGGGGCCGCGUUUGCUGCUGGAGCUGAAAGACAAAAGGCGGGUUGUUUCUUCUCUCGUGCCUGGAGCAGAAGCAGCCUUUUUUCAUGCUGUUUCCACUAGGGUGCCUCGCUUUAAAGCAGUGCAGAGGGGCGGCUUGGUAUCUGCUGCUGCUUCUCUGGCUGCGCCACUGCUGCUGAUGGCUGUUUGGUUCCGGCUGCUGCGGGGGCUGCUGCUGCCGCUGCAGCAGCAAACAAGGGACAGCGGGACCGAGCGAGACGCAGCAGGUGCCCCUCCUCCAACGCGUUUCCAAGAGGUUGUUUGUAGAAGGAAAGAAGAGCUAAAGGAAAUUGUGUGUCUUUUGAAUGGCCAGCAGGAGGUGUACGCUUCCAUGGGGGCGCGGCUACCUCGGGGGGUGCUGCUUGUAGGGCCUGCAGGCACAGGGAAGACUUUGUUAGCUCGAGCUGUUGCAGGAGAAACGCAUGCAGCAUUUCUUUCGGCUGCUGCUUCCGAGUUUACAGACAUUUUCGUGGGCCAAGGCGCUCGCCGCGUGCGCGAGUUGUUUCGUGAUGCAAGAAGAAGAGCUCCUUGUGUUGUGUUUAUAGACGAGCUCGAUGCCUUAGGCUCCCGCAGCGGUAGCCCCGCCUUCUCUGAAGGCGCAUCAGCAGCAAACCAAGAAUAUAUUCAAACUAUUAAUCAGCUGCUAGCAGAGAUAGACGGUGUCAUGGGGGGUGCAGCAGGAGUUGUGGUAAUUGCUGCUACAAACCGCAUAGAAGCCAUUGACCCUGCGCUGCUGCGAUCAGGGCGUUUCGAUCGCCUUAUUCAUUUAUCCCUCCCAGACGAAGAAGAACGACUUGAAAUCCUGCAGCUGCAUGCAGCCCUGAAGAAGCUUCGCCUCACCAGCAAAGCACAGCGGCACCUGAAGCCCCUUGCUGCUGCAGCAGAGGGGCUGAGUGGCGCAGACCUCGAGAACCUCCUUAAUGAAAGCGUAUUCAAAGCUGUGCGGAGAAACAAAACACACAUUGACGAAGAGGCCCUCGAUGAGGCGCUAUUUACCCUCCUCCAGCGCACCCAACAAGCGGGGCACUCGGUUGAACGCAUCGGCCUUAGUGGAAUUUUCAACUCCUCUUUCUAA